ACAUUUACUCAUCCAAUUCUAAAACAUCUAGAUUAUUUAUUCACAAUAAUGUUACAUAGAACACAAACACAAAUUUAUGUAAAUCACUGUAUAUUAUCAAUAGAAUGUAAGCAUAUUAUUCAAGUUUAAAAUUUACAUACAAGCCAAAUAGUUAAACUAAAAUAUGCACCAACUAUAACUCACCCGAUAAAAAAAAACACAAUGAGAUCAAUUUAUCUAAAGAAAGAAAUGUUGGUCAAUUAAAUUCUACACAAUGAAAAUACACACUUACAGGCAAUCAUGAUUCCAUUUUGACAAUAUAUAUAUGUAUAUAUAAAUAGAGUUUAAACAUUGAAAUGAAAAGCAUUCAGAUUGAAGUUAUUCAAUAAAAGAUUUGUUUGAAUUCACUUCUUAUAUUCUUUAUUGAAAUAACAUUUUAAUAUAAAACAUGGAUAGUCCAAUGGAAAAAUUUAUUCAAAUUUAUUUAACUUUAAUUCGUGAUAAUGAUGAAAGUGUUGAAACAAGCAAACUUAGUGAAAGUUGUAGAAGAGAAAAACUUGAUAUGAAACAAGUGAAUGCGCAUUGAACGAAACCACAUUAAAACUGUACAAUCAGGUAGAGAACCAGAUUUGCCAGAAGGAGUAAAAAUUAUCUCUUCAACAAUGCCGAAACCAAAACAAGUUGAAGUAACACUAUUAUAUAAAGAUAUAUUUGAUGGAGUUAAAAAAGAUCCUGAUAUGAAUAAAGUUGUAAAAACAUUCAAAAGUGAAUUAGAAAGACGUUAUGGACGUGUAUGGCAAGUCAAUGCUGUGACUCACUCAUACUGGGCAAGUUUCUCACAUGAACCGUUCCAAUCAAUUCAAUUCCAAUAUGAAAAUAAGAUCAUUCUUGCUUGGCGUACACCAAGUAAUUAAAAAAAGGAAUAGAAAGUUGAAGUAUGACCCAGUAACCAGGGAAUGACAUUUUGUUUAGAAACAAAACCGAUAUUAAACAAUUUCAAAGUUAUUAAUUCUAUUGAUGUCAUGAAUAAAAUAUUUGUCUUUCCCUUUUCUAUCUUUCAAAAAAAUUUAAUGUUCUUCCAAAUAUCUGAACAAACUACUCUCUAGUAAUAAUUAUUAUGAAAACGUUUUAAGAAGUAUAAAUUUAGUAAAAAAAAUUACUCUUUACACU